AUGCAACUUAAAGACCAGUCGAAUAAGACCAAGUCAGAUAAAACAAAUAUUUAUGUUUUAUAUAGAAAAGGAGCAUUGGAGAUGACAAGGCUUGCAUCCGAACACUUUAAAGAGGCCACAAAAGCUUAUCAACAAAAAGAUCAUUUUUCAGCCAAACAACAUUCUAUGGCCGACAGAGAAAAAAUUCGUAUGGUUGAAGAGCAUAACUAUAAUGCAGCAAAAGAAAUCUUCAAAAUUAAUAACCGCAAAAACAAAAUUUGGAGAAUAGAUUUGCAUGGUCUACAUGGAUCAAAAGCAAUUCAAGUCCUACAAAGUCGAUUAAACGAAAUCAUUGCUACACAGUCAAAAUCAUUAGAAGUUAUAACAGGAGUUGGCAGACAUAGUCACGGAAAACCAGUACUUCCGGUGAUCAUUACAAAAUUUCUCAAUGAAAACAAUUAUCAAUUUGAAGAGAUCAGACCAGGAGCUUUGAAAGUUUGGAUUUUUUCUUCCCAAAAUAAGUUGGCAAGUCAUUAA